AGUCCUGUUCUUCAAUAUCUCCGCUCUUAUGCUUCUAACCUUAAGUUUAUUCUCCUCUUCUAAUCCGUCUCUAAAAAUCCUUUGAUUCUAUUUCUAUCUCAAUUUGAUCUGUUUUGCUUUCUUCUUCCACAAGUUAUCGAUCAUCCUCCUUCGAUCUCCGACGGUCUCGUCGGGUUUCUUCUCCUCCUUUAUCGUGUUUGCUUGAUGACCUUAGGUCUGUUUUCUGAACCAAACAUGGGUUUUGUCUUUUUCAUUUAAAGUUCAAAAUUUAUUUGCUUUUGUGAUAGUGUUGAAAGCCUGAAACGGAGUUGAUUUCGUGGAUUGUGAUGUCUAUCAUUCUUGUACAUAAAAAAGAAAAAAUCAUUCUUGUACAUUUUGAUUUUCUUAAGUUGAUCAUAUUAUGCAUGUAACUUGUUUUUUCUUGUCUGUUUGUGUCUUAUGCUAUGAUCAAAGCAUCUCUGUUUAUUUGGUUUAUUUCUCUAGUCUUACAGAAACACACUUGCAAGUUGUAAUGCCAAAUCGAAAACUGAUGCAGUAAGGUCAUGAUUUUGUGGUCUAUGAGUCAUGGUUUUUCUUUUAGUUAAUACCCUACUUAGCACCAAUCUGUAAGAUCAUUUUUUGGCACUGGUGAAGGUUAUGUAUUACUACUAGAAACUGCAAUAUGAAACUGUUGAUAAUUGGGAUUCUAUAUCUCAUGAUUUCUUAAGGAUGCUCAUAAGUUAAAAUAUGAUGCUUUGAUUGUGUUUUUUUUGUUUAGUUAAGGAGUAUCUCUGAUCAUUAUUUCUUGUUGCUAGCUAGCUAGACUUAAUGGAGGGAGACUCUAACCGGAAGCCUAACGCUAAUGAUUGAAGAUCAAUGCAUGAGCCUGAUCUAAGGAAAAGGAUUAUUUUCGCAAUAGUGGAAAAGUUGAAGAUAUGUUUUCCUAAACAUAGCCAAAAUGAUAUUAACAAUACCGCUUCCAAAUUUGAAGGCAAGAUCUAUGGCAUGGCCACAGAUAAGAGUGAUUAUCUGAGGAAAAUCAGUGAAAAGAUAAUGGUUUUCGACAAAAAGUUUAGAAGUGUGCAAUCUGGUUCUUUAGUCAAUGAAACUAAUACUCCAGAUACAGCUCAAGCUCUGAAUCAAGGGCCAUCAGUUCACACCACCUUGCCAUAUAUGCAGACUCCAACAAGCCAACAACAGUUUCAUCAAUACAGCAUCUACAGCAAUCUCAACACUCCUGAGUCUUCUGGCUUCUCAACUCAAGUCCCUAUAACCGUUUCCGCAGCUCAGAACCUUAACAUUCAAAUGGGUGAAGGAGUUCAUGGAAGGCAACAGCUUCUCCCUCAGCCUCAGCAGCAGCCACAGAGUUAUAACGACAUAUUUCAGCAUCAAAAGGAUCAACAGCUUCUGAAUGAGAGAAUCCAUCCCUUACAACCUCCAUACAUGCAGCAACAUGCUCAGCAGUAUCAGCAGUUGCCUCAUCACACAUCAUUGUCUACUAUUCACCAGUCCUUUCCUCAAUCCUCCUAUCUCUCUAGUCUAACAUCAUCAGACCGACAAAACUCUCAGUACUUACCAAGACAUCAGUUUCCAACACAGAGAGUCCAUUCUAGUCAUCAACAGCAGAUGGCUGUGCCGUCUCAGGAACAGACACGAGAGGAACACGAGAAACUCAUCAGUCAACUGAUGAAUGGUCAAGACACGCUCCAGAAUCAUCUAACCUCACAGCAAAACAACUGGGAGCAACAAGGACGUUUUACCCUAUCAUCGUCUCAGCAGAACAAUAUUGCUAGCUUUCAAGAUAAUAACCUCCAAAAUAUGCACCAGCAACAACGCCUUUAUUCUCAGACUGAUAAUGCUUCAGCCUUCCCUUCACAACAGCAGCAGUAUAUGCUACAACAAUACCAACCGCAGCAGCCUCAGCAUAGAAUCUUACAGCAACACUUGGAUGACACACAAAGGUUUCAAGCAGCAGCAUCUCAAGAUUCUACAGGCAAGACUGCAAAUGCUAAUGGUGAGGACUGGCAGGAGGAGACCUAUCAGAAGAUAAAGGCUCUAAAGGAGAAGUAUCUACCUGUUCUGAGUACACUGUUACAAAAAUUAUCUGAAAAAUUGGGGGAGGUUGAUUCUCUUCCUCAACAAAAGAUGCAACAUGAGCCUAUUCAAAAGCUAAAGGAAGGCAAAUUAACGUUGGAACUAAUUAUUAUGUACUUAAAUGUCGGUAGGGACAGUAUAUCAGAGAGUCACAGAGAUAAGUUUAGUCUGUAUGAGGAACAGGUAUUGAGGUUCACCAAGAAUCAGUAUACCGUGACUCGGAGCCCAAUGCCGCACCAACAAUCCCCAAGUUGUCAUAAUCAGCACUCCAAUACCAGUCCAGCUCAGUCUAGUAUGUUUCAUCAGAAGCAGUUUCAUCAUCUCCAGAUGCAACACCAGCUAAUGCAGAGUCAGCAGCAGCAACAACAACAACAAACCAACCAGCAGCAGCCUCAGAUACAGAACCAAUCUUCUCCUCAGUUGGUGGACCAGCUGAUUCUUCCUACAACAUUUCACAACACAGGAACCUCAUCACAGUUUCUUGUCUCGCCUUUUGUUGCUCCGUCUCCACGUCUUGUGGAUCUUGAAAAGCCAAUAUCUGUUCACUCAGUUACCACCACUCUGCCUCUAGAUAUCAUAUCACAAACUGAUAGCUACAGACUGCUCAGUAGCCUUGAAUCUGAAGCUGAUUCCACCGAAUCAUCUGACUCUAAAGUUCACAAGAUCGAGCCUGGUUGUGCCCUCCUGCAAGAAAUCAAAGAUAUAAAUGGGAGUCUUGUAGAGACAGUGGUAAACAUAUGUAAUGAGGAGUUUUAUCCAAGUGAAGUUACUUCAGGAACAAUUGUCACGUGUUCUUAUUCUCCUGUGGCUCUCAGCGACACACUUGAAGCUCAUUACAAGUCAGGACAUAUCUCACAGAUUCAGCCAUUACGCUUACUAGUUCCUGUGAAUUACCCAUAUUCCCCAAUACUUCUCCUCGAGAAAAUCCCAUCUGACGCCAGUUUACACAAAUAUGAUGAUUUAUCUGCGAGGACCAGAUUGAGGUUUAGCUUGUCCAUGAAGGAGUUUUCAGAACCGAUGUCUCUUAAAGAAAUAGCUCAAGUUUGGGAUGUUUGUGCAAGAGAGACGAUGGCUGAGUACUGUGAGCGGCAUGGUGGAGGCACUUUCAGCUCCAAGUAUGGUCAUUGGGAGUCUGUUCUAGGAGCUUCAUGAACCCUAGAGGUGGAAACUUAUCAUGCUGAGACGUUAGAGUCCAAAUUAGGUUUUUUUCUUUGCCCUGCGGUAGAAGAAACAUCAAUAUGUAUUUUUUUACUAAGUGCAUAGUGUUUUAUAUUAGAGUCUGGAUCACACCCACAUAUUUUCAGAUUGGAUUUAGACUUUACAUUAUCUUGAUUUAGAUUUUUUUUUGACUGAAACUUGAUUUAGAUUUUUCUAUCCAUUUAAAAGAUGAUUAUCUUGCCUAGUCUAACCGAGUGAAAUUGUCAUA